UGGGACCAUUUGAAACUCAGCAUAAGCCCAAGUUCCCGGGCUUCAAUCUUUCACUUCAGAGAAAGCGGCUUACGGCGUUCACCCACAAUGGUCUCUCUCUUCCUCUCUCAUGGCUUCUCCCAGAAUUCUACUAUGCGGGGACGUUUUAGGCCGUCUCAACCAGCUCUUCAAGCGAGUCAACUCUGUAAACAAAUCAGCGGGUCCUUUCGAUGCUCUUUUUUGCGUGGGUCAGUUCUUCCCCGAUGAACCAGAUCGGCUUGAUGAAUUAAUGGACUACGUUGAACGCCGGGCCCAAGUUCCUCUCCCGACUUACUUCAUCGGCGAUUACGGAGUUGGUGCACCCAAGGUUUUGUCGGCUGUUUCGAGAAACUCCGCUAACCAAGGUUUCAAAAUGGACGGUUUCAAGGUUUGCGACAAUUUGUUUUGGUUAAAAGGCAGCGGGAAGUUCACUUUCCAUGGUUUGUCUGUGGCUUACUUAUCCGGUAGGCAGUUGUCUAAUGGGCAACAGUUUGGAACAUAUAGUCAAAUUGACAUUGACACCCUACGAGCAUUCGCCGAGGAACCUGGAAUAGUUGAUUUCUUUUUAAGUAAUGAAUGGCCAAGUGGUAUCACAAAUAGAGCCACUGUAUCAGAUAUCCCUGCAGGAAUCUCAGAUUCUUCUGGCAGUGAUUCCACUGUCUCCCAACUAGUUGCAGAGAUCAAACCACGCUAUCACAUUGCAGGUACUAAGGGUGCAUAUUAUGCUCGUGAACCUUAUUUAAAUGUUGAUGCUGUACAUGUAACUCGGUUCUUGGGUCUUGCAUCUGUUGGGAAUAAAGAGAAACAGAAAUUUCUUCAUGCGCUUUCUCCAACUCCAUCAUCUGCCAUGGCAGCUGCUGAGAUCAGUGCAAAGCCACCAAAUACUACCUUAUCACCGUAUACAUUAGUUGACCAAGUGGAUCGUCGUAAAGAAACCACAAAGAGAGCUAGUGAUAUUGAACUUGAUUCGCAAUACUGGAGAUAUGAUGUGUCGAACAAACGACAAAAGCAUGGGAAUGGUGAUACUAAUAAGGUGUGUUUUAAAUUUAUAUCCUCUGGAACUUGUCCGCGUGGAGAAAAGUGCAACUUCCCACAUGAUGCUGAUGCAAGGGAACAAUUUUUGAGAGGUGUUUGUCUUGACUUUAUUAUCAAAGGAAAGUGUGAAAAAGGCCCUGCUUGCAACUUUAAGCACAGUUUACAGGAUGAUGGUGAGAAUCAUUCUCGAAAAAGACCGGGAUCUAGCAAUACUAAUGCUAACAGAUCAAAAGAGUGCUGGUUUUGUUUGUCAAGCCCAAAUGUGGAGUCACAUCUGGUAACAAGUAUAGGAGAGAAUUUCUACUGUGCACUAGCGAAAGGCCCACUUGUCCAAGAUCACGUACUGAUAAUUCCAGUUGAACAUAUGCCAAAUACUCUUUCUCUCCCAGCAGAUAGUGAAACUGAACUUGGCAAAUUCCAGAACAGUCUGAAGUUGUAUUAUAAAAACCAGGGAAAAGAAGCAGUGUUCUUUGAAUGGAUAUCAAUACGUGGCACCCAUGCCAACCUUCAGGCUGUACCUGUUCCAUCAUCCAAAGCAGCUGUUCUUAAAGACAUUUUUACUUUGGCAGCUGAAAAGUUGGGUUUUGAAUUUGUUACAAAAAAAUUCAGCAAUAAUUCCGAGGGGAGAAAAUGGUUGAGGACACAGUUUGAUAAGAAUUUUAGCUGCUUCUAUGUGGAACUGCCUGAAGGUUCAAUCCUAUUACAUUUAAUUGAAGAGAAUGAGAAGUUUCCUGCCCAAUUUGGUCGUGAGGUUGUGGCUGGCCUAUUGAACGUGGCUGAUAGGGCUGAUUGGAGGAAUUGUACAAUUGGCAAAGAUGAGGAAACAAAACUGGCUGAAAAUUUCAAAAAACGGUUUCAAGUAUUUGAUCCAAGUCAAUGAUUUUUCGAAAGAAAGGAACAAGCCUGUUGUCAUAAAAAUGUGCGUCAUUAGGAAGUUCCUAAUGAAUGAGCUUGGAAGGAUGUUGAACCCCUGGCGUGGUUUGGUUCAGGGCAUCUUCACAGUCCCACUUGGAAUCUCUGGCUAAGUUGCAGAUGAGGAAGAUAUUAAACCUUUCCUCAUCACUAAUUUUGUUUUGGUUCAAAUCUCCUUUUAUGAGUCGAAAUUUCAUCAAAAACUUGUUUCCAUUGUCUGUUUUAAUUGCCUCUUAUAUGUAUGAUAUAUCUUCUGUCUUUUUAAAACUGAUCAAUUGGACAUUACAGCUCAUUGGCUAUGGUUGCUAAUUUUAUGUACUCUUUGAUCUUCUCUUCUCAGGGGAAAAUAGGAAAAAGACAAAAGGGGUAGAACUUGCUGGAUGGAUUUUGAAAAAAAUUACAAAUAAUUAUUAAUUUAUGUAGUUUGAUUAUGGCAUGCUUAUUACUUGAA